AUGUUUUUAGCUGCGACAACAACAACGACAACGACAAUAACUACAACAACAACCACAACAACGACUACGACAACAACAACAACAACAUUCACAACAACGACAACGACAACAUCCACAACAACGACAACAACAUCCACAACAACAGUAACAACGUCGACAACAUCGACGUCAACUACAACAACAGCAACAACAACACCAUCGUGUAUCAGUCCAGAUACGACAGGAGCAAUUUUUAGCUUUGAUUCUGGUACUGCUCCAACCAGUUACACAUUCUACUCGUAUGGAUUCACUGCUACUGAUUCUUCAGCAACUUUAUCAUUUAUCAUGACAGGGGAUUCUGGACCUGCUCAUCACUAUUGGUUAUUGGAUAGUGUUUCUGUGAAAGAGACACCUAAUAACACAAAUAUUCUUAUCAAUAGUGGGUUCGAAAUGGGCGAUUUCACAGGUUGGACACAAUAUUGUGCUACAGAUAGUAACUGUGGCGGCAGUGGCACUAAUUACGGUCAACUAACACAAGGUGUUUGCCAAUCAGGAACAUACUGCUACGUGGAUAAAUGUAACAAUGGUGGUCAUUAUGAUUAUCUGAUACAAUCUUUUUCCACUGUGAGUGGGUAUAAUUACUUAGUAACAUUUUAUUUCAAAGUCAACGCUAACGGAGGACCUCAUUUAGCAUAUGUCAUGCUAUCCUAA